GAUUGCCAAUCAGCUCAUCAGACGUGUCGAUCUAACAGUUGCAAUGAAAGUAUACUACAAAACCAAAACAGAAAAUCAAAAAAAGAAAACUGAUGGGACAUACAACGAUUAUUCAAAUGCAAAGAAGGUCAAUAAAAGGAAGCGAAGGAAACUGAAAGAACAUACACAGGCAUUGGAGGAAAAUACGACCUUUACGGAGACUACCAAGGCUAAGUCGAUGUCUGUCCUCACGUUAGACUUCAUGUCUACUGAUGAAUCCGAAGAUGAACAUUCCUUUGUGUCCCAUCCAAUUCCGUGGAUGUCUACUGAGAGGCUUGCACGAGUAUCGCCACAUGCCGUGUCAAAAAGUAAGGUAUGUGUUGACAUGAGACCGCUUGAGAAAGUGUGGCGGAAGGAGUUGGCGUAG